AUGGAGAAUAAGAUCCCACGUGAGAUGUUUACCAAGAAUCACAACCAAUUGGCGAAGGAAGGAGAAAGAUGGAUGAAAGAAACUGCAUCUUCAUGUACAGUUGUAGGUGCUCUCAUUAUUACCAUCAUGUUUGCUGCAGCAUUCACAAUUCCCGGUGGAAACAAUGGACAAACAGGCUUCCCAAUAUUCCUGCAUAAAAAGUUGUUUAUGGCUUUUAUAGUUUCAGAUGCAAUAUCUCUCUUUUCUUCCACAACUUCAGUGUUGAUGUUCUUGGGAAUCCUUACAUCACGUUAUGCAGAAGAUGAUUUCCUCAAAUCCUUACCAACAAAGAUGAUAAUAGGGCUUUCCACACUAUUCUUCUCUAUUGCCGCCAUGAUGGUUGCCUUUUCUUCUGCCCUUUUCAUUAUGGUCCAUGAACAGUCGUGGAUUGUUAUUCCAAUGAUUUUCGCUAGUGUUCCAGUCACCUUAUUUAUUUGGAUGCAAUUUCCUCUUCUAGUUGAGAUGUACAUUUCUACUUAUGGACGAGGAAUAUUUGACAGGAAAGUGAAAUCAAGGGCAUAA